UGCCUUGAGCCAUUAUUACAAACUCUUGCCAACUCCACCGUAGCUCUUCGGGGGAAGUGCCAUUUUUCUCCGUGCGUCUCCUCUCCCGGCCUGGCUCCUGUUAAAGGUUUCUCUUCUCCGGCUAGCUUCGCUUUGAAGACCCAUAUAAGCGUUAGUUCUUCUUCCAAGAACCCGCUGGCCUCAGUCUGCUUUCGGCGACUUCCACUGCUCUGGCGAAGCUUUUAGAUGCUAUCCAAUGGAGCUGGCUUCUCCAAAGGGGCGCUACUACUCCUACAAAAUGGAAUAAGAGAAGUCUUUUCCUUCCCACUCCCUAAAUUCAUUUCUUCACAAAGCUUGUUUUUUCCGUGGCAUUCUACUCAACUCAGGCGGUUUGUGGCAGUGGUAAAAAUUGUGGGAGGUGGAGGUUUUCAGAAAAAAAGGGCUACAUAUUCUCAAAUGAUGACAACUGAUGCACAAUUAUCGGUGACAAAACAAACAAAGAAACAAAUGAAGUAUGUGCUUGUGACUGGUGGAGUGGUAAGCGGCUUAGGGAAGGGAGUAACAGCAAGCAGCAUUGGCGUCGUGCUCAAAUCAUGCGGGCUUCGUGUGACCUCAAUAAAAAUAGACCCAUAUUUGAACACUGAUGCAGGGACCAUGUCUCCUUUUGAACAUGGGGAGGCAUUGUUUGAUGCUCUAAGGGUUUUAUCUAACAAUUUGUUAUGUCUUGCUUUGUUCAUGGUUGAUUUAGACUUGGGUAACUAUGAACGAUUCUUGGAUAUUACACUAACCAAGGACAACAACAUCACUACAGGGAAGAUAUAUCAGUCUGUUAUCAACAAGGAAAGACGUGGCGACUAUCUUGGAAAGACUGUUCAGGUCGUGCCUCACAUAACUGAUGCGAUAAAAAAUCGGAUUGAAUCAGUAUCAUCUAUCCCUGUUGAUGGAAAGGAUGACCUUGCGGAUGUAUGUGUAAUUGAGUUGGGGGGAACUGUAGGUGAUAUUGAAUCAAUGCCUUUUAUUGAAGCCCUGCGUCAACUGUCAUUCUCUCUUGGAAAAGAAAACUUCUGCCUGGUUCAUGUCAGCCUUGUACCGGUACUUGGUGCUGUUGGUGAGCAGAAAACGAAACCUACGCAGCAUAGUGUUCGAGAAUUGAGGGCAUUGGGUUUGACUCCUGACCUACUAGCAUGUCGUUCAGAUCAGCCUUUAACGGAAGGUACAAAGGAAAAACUAUCUCAAUUUUGUCACGUACCGGUUUCUAACAUUCUCAAUAUCCAUGACGUUCCAAACAUCUGGCAUGUUCCACUAAUACUUAGGAAACAAAAUGCUCAUAAAGCUAUCUUAAAGCAGCUAAAUUAUCUCAGCAUUGCUAGCGCCCCAGAUCUUCAGAACUGGACAAAUAUGGCAGAGUCAUAUGACAACCUCACUAAUUCUGUUAAAAUUGCUAUGGUCGGGAAGUAUACUGGACUGAAGGAUUCUUACCUAUCUGUUGUUAAGGCUCUUUUACAUGCUUGUGUUGCUUGCUCUUUGAGACCGUCGGUUCAAUGGAUCGCAGCUUCAGAUCUUGAAGAAGAAAGUGCGAAAUUGGCACCACAAGCACAUGAUACCGCAUGGGAAACCCUCAGAAGCUGUUCAUGCGUUUUGGUUCCUGGUGGUUUUGGUGACCGCGGAGUGCCAGGAAUGAUUUUGGCUGCUAGAUAUGCUCGGGAGAAUAAUAUUCCAUACCUUGGUAUAUGUUUGGGGAUGCAAAUUUCGGUUAUUGAGUUUUCUAGAUCUGUUUUAGGGAUGGGAAGAGCAAAUAGUGAGGAAUUUGAUCCUCAUACGCCUUACCCUGUUGUGCUCUUCAUGCCUGAGGGUUCCAGAACACACAUGGGAAGCACAAUGAGACUUGGUUCGCGGAGAACCUUCUUUCAAGAUUCCACUUGCAUUUCUUCAAAGCUAUAUGGGAACUCCUCAUUUGUGGAUGAACGUCAUCGUCACAGAUACGAGGUAAAUCCAGAUAUGGUAGGAAAACUGGAAAUCGCCGGCUUAAAAUUUGUGGGAAGUGAUGAAAGUGGAAAGAGAAUGGAGAUUCUUGAGUUAGCCGGCCAUCCCUACUACAUUGGCGUGCAGUUUCAUCCUGAAUUCAAAUCAAGACCUGGGAAACCUACCGCUGUGUUUUUAGGGCUUAUAUUAGCUGCUACAGGACAAUUGCAAGCUCAUCUGAACAAGGUUUAGUGUAAUAUUUCUAUCUCCAAUGUCACUUCCUGAGAUUUAUAUGCAUAUUUCAGGUAUUAUUACAUAAAAUCAAUUUAUUUGUUCCCCUACUUUGGUUGUUGAAUUUUCAUGCGUAUUCAAUUAUUCUUUUGCAGCAUGUAAUAGAUUUAUUUUCAUUUAUCCAUUAU